CCGGCCCGCGACGCAAAAGCUUGGCGUAGGCGUCGUCGCUCGCACGCUGCUCGCGCGCUGUGACUAACCGAAAAACACGUAAUGCACAAAAAAUAAUCCCGAUUGAAUUGAGACUGCACCGCGUGCACAGUGCGUCGAGAGUGUCCGCGGAUAAGUGAGGCCAUCAUCGUCGCCUGGCGGCUGGGAACUUAGCGAAUCUGUGAAAAGGCGCGCGUUGUCAGCGAUAACACUCGCCGCUGCCGACGCACAGGACGAAUCCAAUAUGGCUUCCAAAGUGAUGGUGAAAAUGCCGGUGCAGGCGUUCGCCGGCACCACACAGGUGAAGAGUAAGAAUGGUCCGAGUGAGGUGAUGCCCAUGCCGAGGAACACCGACAUUCGAUCGCCAGAUUCCAGCGGUAAUCUGAGCACGAUCGCAAUUGGCAGUGUAAACAGCACGCCGCCAGUCGCGAGCCCUGUGACGGUGAGCAACGGUACGGGCGAUAAUCGUGUCGGACAGCUGGAGCAGAAUAUCAAAUAUCUGCAGGAACAACACGCUUUGAUGCUUACCGGCUUGCAUCAUGAGAUCGAUUGUUUGCGGCACAGGAAUCGCGAAUUACAGUUCCAGUUGGUUUUUGUCAAGGGAACCAAUGCCAGCACGCCAUCAUCGCCGGAGGACGAUAAACCGAAGUUAUACAGCAACAGUCCAAAGGUGCUCAAUGUCGUCCCACUGCAGGUGGAGAUAUUGGAAAAAGAGCUCGGGGAGAUGAAGAUACAAUUACAAGAGUCCGAAUGUCGCAAUGUCUACCUCUCUGCUAUCGUCGAUGAACAGAAGAAGAAAUUAGAGCGAUAUGAACGUGAUCGUGAGCGUGAACGUGAAAGAGGUAUCCAACCCGAUCCAGAACUCCUCCGUAAACUGGACGACGCCGAAUCUCUCAUUCGUCGUCUCCGCCGUGAGAACUCCGACCUCCGCAGAGAGAACGCCGCCGCCACGGUGGCGGCAAGCGCGACUGUUGCAUUCCCCCAACCGCAGCAACAACGCGAUUACCAUCAGUCACGCAACAACGGCUCACGCCGUCGUGGUGGCAAUGGUGGUAACACUGGCAGCAGUGUUGUUGGCGGUAGCACCGCCGGUGCGAAUCCAUCAGUGAGCACUGCAAAUGUAUCCGGCGCAGGCGGGGGUGGUGCUAACGGGCAAUCAUACCGCCCGAAUUGGUUCCCGCCGUUGCACACACAGAACUACUGGCAGCAACAGAACCGCCCGCAGGCAUCGCACGUCGACAGCCUGCCGCAGCUGACAACCGGUGGUCACCAUGUGGUGUACCCCUCACAGCAGGGACCGAUGCAUGGCAGGCGUGGUGGUAACUCAGGUACUGGUGGCAACAACGCCGGGAAUAACGCAGGUAACAACGUCGGCGGGGGCGGUGGCGGUAACAACAAUCAUUACCAAUACCAUCCGAACGGCGAGCGUAAGUAUCGCGGGAAUCAACCAAACCGGGGCCAAAAAUCCUCCUAAGACCUUAGGGGGGCUUGAGCGUAGCGCCGAGUAUCUGUUAACGUCGUCGUUUCUCCGAACUCACGAAUCUUGAUUCGAUUUACUGAUAUAUACCGCUUUCCGUUUUUUGUUUUCUCUUCUUGACACGCCGCACCCGGCGGCAAGUGCCCGCAAACGAAUUGCCCAAAAAAUGGCGGAGGAGAGUAAUCAACGGCUAGAAUAAAAAACUAGGAAGUAAUUACCUACCACAGGAAACAUAUUAAACAGGACCACUUAUUUAUCGAUGUUGCUAACACCCAAAAAUAGAUCCAGUGCAGCGAAAUUGCCGCCGGAUAUCGAAAGAACGCGCGAACCAGUUUGGGUUUCACCUACCGAAAUAGAACGCAUACAGAUUCCAUGCAUAGUUUAUGUCGGCUGAACCAUAGUGUAAUCUUCCUGAGUAAAAAAAAAACACUAAACAUAAAGAAAAACAAAAACGAAACAUAAAAAUAUGUAAUUGUGAUAUGAAUCUUACUAUAUAUGAUAAAUGAUACUAUGAUAACUAAUUAAUACGUGUUUUCGAUUGUAUAUCAUUAAUACAAAAAGCUUUACAUAUUAUACCUUAUAACAAAAAGUGAAAAACGAAAAAAAAAAUUACAAAUACGAACAAAUACGUGAAAAUUACCAGUGGAUAGAUCAAAAACGACAAAUUAAAUAGACGAAAUGAUUUUAUGCUUUGUCUGUGAACAAAAUUUUCAAAGAAAAACUAAAGUUAAUUAUUUUUAUCUCAUGAUGUUAGUUAGUCUGAUGUUUUAUGUCUGGCGGACAGAGCGGAAUAUGUGGUGGUGGACAGCAGUUUGGUAUAAUUAAACUAUCUAGUUGAUAUUAUUUGUUGUUGUUUAGAUAAAAUGACGAACGGACCGAAACAAAUUUCCGCGCACGCCGCGGAAUACUUAUUUGAACGAGAAGGAGUUGUUGAUGACUAAAAAAUGUUUAGAGCCUAUACGUAUAUUUAAUAUUGAUUAUUCAAACGCCAUAUGUACUAAAUACUAUAUCAGUGUUAACAAUACAAGCAUCAGUUUAAGAUUUUCGUCAUGGAUUUAUCUGAUCAGUUCAAGAGAUGGAUCAAAUUCAAUCACAAGCGUAACAUUGCAAUUUUGUAAGCGGGUAAUCUUAACCUCCAAGGCACAAAUAUUGACUGUAUUGUUUAAAUGUUGGGGCGAUGUUUUGAGUUCAGUAAUGAGGCGAUUAAAGGUGUUUAUCUAUGUAGUUUUGAACGGUUCUGGGAAGGCAUUCGAAGUUAUGUGGCCAUAGUUACAUUUGAAAUUCUCUGUCUAUAAUAAAGUCUCGAGCGCUCUGUAAACUCUACUGUAAACUACUACUGUAAACUUCUAAAGAAUCUAAAGUGUAAUUUAAAAUUGAGAUUCAACGAUUCCACUGAUCUAUGGCUCUAUCUGUAAUACCGUUUUGUGAAUAUAAGCGAUACGAAGGUUAUCUUCAUCUAUAUGUAUCCAGUUUAAGAGUACUGACAAACGGUGGUUAUUAUUGCGGAUUCACAACCCGAAUGGUUGACUUCAGAUUGUUUUUGUUUUUGUUUUUGUUUGAUUUUUGAAGGAAAUUACUAUUGUACUAUUAUUAUAUUUAUUAUAAAUUAUAUACAACAUAUUGUAUUAUUUAUUAUAUUGAUGAGUAUUAUUAAUAAAAUGCAUUAGACCAAA